CCAGCACACCUGUAUUGAAGUCACGAAAAGUACAACGACAACAAAUUGACACGGUUUGCUGAAUUCGUUCCUCUCACCCAGAGCGGUUUGUUUGGAUCAAUUGAGACCCGCAUUUCGAUUGACGACAGCAACUGAACCACCCCAUAAAGCCUUGACCCAAAGAAAGGUUUCCACAUACGCACCCCGACGCUUUGGUAGAUGUAGAUCGAGCCUUGGAAUUUCCCUCGUCUCGUGCUGCUGAGGCAGGUCGGAAGUGAACGAUACGGGCGUUGCUUGACAAAAGAGUAGCAGGUUUUCUCGCCAAGCCAUCCCAUCGCCAGUAGCAACGCGUCGAUCAUAGAGGGCAUACGGUGUUGCGCCACAGCUAGAAAAUAGUCUGCACUAGUGUCGUGUUGAGCGAGAUCCAUCCAUUGAGAGCCGUCACCCUGAAACGAGGCACCGGUGCAUGGGACGAUAAGAACCGUUCGCUUGCACACCGACCCGAAACCCGAUGAAAUGAGCCGCUAUGUGGACCUACAUGAUGGCAGCGGCCCGAGGUGACCGGGCAAUGUCAUCGAUAUCGUCACGUCAUCAGAGCAAUCGGAAUGAGUUUGACUCGCCAAGCAUUUACCACUUCAAUCGAGUGCAACGACCACUGUACAACACGACGCACCGGGCACCACAGCUCUCCAAUGGACCGGUCAGCAUUAGUACGACUCCGUUCGGGAGCAACACGAUCUACCAGAGCUACAUGCCGCAGACCGCUUCGCUCGACAGCUUCAACAGUGGGGCCACGAAUCCCAGCUUCUCGACCACGGGUGGCACACCGCCGCCGCCGCCGAUCGGUGGAUCCGGCCGUGUUGCGCCGGCCACCGGAAGCGGCACCACACCAACGGCCGGGCGGCGACAGCAGGCCGCAGCAGCGUUACCCUUCACGACCCGCAACCGGCCUGAGGUAGCUACGGAGCUGCCGGUCACGCCGAAGAACAACCAUCUAAGCCAAGCUGUGAUAGAGAGCGAGCGGGGCGAUGUUCAGGUAGGUGAAUGAGUGUGCACGGGAAAGUGAAUCGUUAGUGAAUAUAGCAAAGUUAUGACUUGGCUAUGAGUUUGGGCAUCAACGUGAAAAAGGCAAUGGAAAUGGUGAAAAGCUCUGCAAUUAAAAGGAGAAAGUGUAUAAAUUAUG